GGUGAUUCUGGCCCUGGAGCAGUUGAGCAAGCUGAAGCCCUCUUUAGGAAGCAAGGAUGCACGUGAAAUGUUGGCUCUGUGCUGCAAGAACAUUGUGUCACACCCUUCAGCAGAGAUGAUGCUGAAGAUCAAGAAGUCACAGCAAGCAGCACAGUACCUGCAGCUUCUGCAGACAUCGUUGAAAGCUCUGGGCCGGCUCAUGGUGGUCCUGCUUGAGACAGAGACCACCCGGGGAUUCUUCCAGAACAUAGUCCAGGUCCUGCAGAGAUCACUGACCUCAAACAACAUGUGGGAGCGUAACAGGGCCCUGCAGACCUGCUCCCAGCUGCUGGCUGCUUGUGAAGGGCUUCCGAGAGGAGAUGCCUGUGAGUCCUUUGGCUCCUUGGUGGGAUUGCUGGCUCCGCUGACAUGUGACCCCAUGCCCACAUCCCGCCAGUUGGCCGCCACCUGCCUGAGCUCCCUUCUGCAAAUCCAAG